UAAGUCACAUAUAGAAAUCAAAGUGAACAUAAUGCUAGGGAGAAGAAAUCAAGACUCAUGCAUAAUUUUUUUUUAUUAAAUUAUGCAUAAACACUGUCCGAACCAUUAGGAUAUACUAUUUCUCCUUAAGGAAUUUAUUCCCCCUCUACGAUGGCCAAGGUUAUGGAACUAUUCCUCUCACGAUAGAACAGAUGCACAUUUUCUGACUGUACCGCGGUACUGGUACUUGAAAAUCCAGAAACCAACGAACGACGAGAAUUUGCACGACUCUAUUUUUUUUCUUCUCUUUCAUGGGUUUGUAGAGAGGAAAAUGAAAGAAGAAGAAAAACUAUUUUUUUUUUGUAAAAAAAAACCUUUUAGAAAAAUUCACGUUUUAAAAUAGAGGGGGUUGGUGCUAUUUAUAGGAUAGGAAGAGGUGCGCAUGAAUAGAGGGAACUCUUUAGGUGGAUGGUUACAUCCCAAUCGACGCAUUAGUUCGUUUUAAAAUUAUGAAUCAUGCAUUGUAUUGGUUCCGCCCAUGGAUAUUGAACCAGUUAGUUCAUUCCAACGGCCACAUCAGUUCGGUUCGGGUUGCUUCCACAGACCAAUUUAUUCGAUCUUAGCUAUUUUAUGAAAAUUCUCUUUAAUUAAGUGGACCAAAAACAAAAUAGGAUUGGGGUAUGAUCAAUUGCGUUUCUAUCCUUGCUUUUUCAACGUUAACACUCGAUCAUAUAUAGGAGAGAAACCCUCUUGCAGAUCACUAAUUAAUUAAACCCUAAUUACUUCAUCUAGUUGAAGCUGUACUGGGAUGCUGCUAAAACCCAGAACUAGAUAUGAAGGCAGCUCCAGCAAUUUGAAUUUGCCUUUCUUGGGGAAGCAAUAGUUUCUGCAAACUGCACGACAGAGUUUCUACAGUGGGCAAACCAUAUUCAUAUCUCUUAUUCUCUUUUCACCGCUCCCUCCCUUUUUCCAUUAAUGCGGCCCUUCUCAUCACCAUCUUUUUGCCCAACAGAUCACAACCAAGCCUUGCAGAUCCCAGAAACCUAGCUAGCCUAGACUCGUUUCCUCCUUCCCAAACGAUGGCUUCUUCUUCUUCUUCUUCUUCUUCUUCUUCUUCUCCUUCUUCUUCUUCUUCUUCUUCUGCAUCUUCUCUCCUGAUCGUCUCGGUUGUUGUCUGUCUCCUGCUCAACUCAUCCUUGACUGCCGGGAUCAAUGAAGAAGCUCCGGCGGCCACCGCACUCUACAAGGAUCCAACGCAGCCCAUCGGCGCCAGAAUCAGGGACCUGAUGCGGCGGAUGACCGUUGCUGAGAAAAUCGGGCAAAUGACCCAGAUUGACCGUUCCGUGGCUACUCAAGAUGUCAUCAAGAAGUAUUUCAUCGGGAGCGUGUUGAGCGUCGACGACAGUGUUCCCGGCGUCCGCCGUGAAAACCAGGUGAUAGUCAACAAUGGGUCAGCCACGAAAUGGGUGAAAACAGUCAACAAGCUCCAACAGGCAGCGGUCUCGACCCGACUCAGCAUCCCGAUGUUGUAUGGGGUCGACGCUGUUCAUGGUCACAACUACGCCUAUAGGUCGACCAUCUUCCCCCACAACAUCGGCCUCGGAGCAACCAGGGAUGUGCAUCUGGUCAAGAGAAUCGGUGCUGCAACGGCGGUUGAAUGCAGGGCAACCGGAGUGAGAUACGUCUUCUCGCCAACCAUAGCUGUCUGCAGGGACCCGCGAUGGGGGAGAUGCUACGAAAGCUUCAGCGAGGAUCCAGAGGUUGUGAAGAACAUGACAGAGAUCAUUUCAGGGUUGCAAGGCCAAGCUCCUUCCAAGUCAAGAAAGGGCGUUCCCUUCGUUGGAGCGACCAAGGUGGCUGCCUGUGCCAAGCACUACGUGGGAGACGGCGGCACGAACAAGGGAAUCAACGAGAACGACACCGUCCUUCAAUGGAGCGAGCUGAUGAGGAUCCACAUGCUGCCCUACGUCGGUGCGAUCGAGAAAGGAGUCGCGACGGUGAUGGUCUCGUACUCGAGCGUGAACGGGACGAAGAUGCACGCGAAUCGCGAUCUCAUCACGGGCUACCUCAAGAACAAGCUCAAGUUCAGGGGGUUCGUGAUCUCGGAUUUCUUAGGGAUAGACAAGAUCACCACCCCACUGGGUGCCAAUUACACCUUCUCCAUUGAAGCCGGCAUAGGUGCAGGAAUCGACAUGGUGAUGGUUCCCUACAACACCACCAGCUUCAUCAACGGCCUCACUCGCCUGGUGAAGGAGGGAUUCAUCCCAAUGUCGAGAAUCAACGAUGCCGUUUUUAGGAUCCUCAGGAUCAAAUUCACAAUGGGACUGUUCGAGUCUCCCAUGGCGGACUUGAGCUUGAGCAACAAGAUCGGUAGCAAGGAGCAUCGAGCGCUUGCGAGGGAGGCGGUGAGGAAAUCCAUGGUGCUUUUGAAGAACGGACACGAUCAUCACAAGAAGCCAUUGCUCCCUCUCCCCAAGAAGGCUCCAAUGAUCCUCGUGGCCGGCACCCAUGCGCAUAACCUGGGGAACCAGUGUGGUGGCUGGACGAUCCGAUGGCAAGGUGUUGCUACCAACAAUCUCACCUCAGGUACCACGAUCCUCGAGGCGGUGAAGACCGCAGUUGCUCCCUCAACUCAGGUAGUCUACAGCGAGAACCCGGAUGCCGAUUUCGCCAAGACCAGCAGCUUCUCGUACGCCAUCGUCGUGGUUGGGGAGCCGACGUACGCCGAGUGGGACGGCGACAGCCUCAGCUUGACCAUCCCUGCAGCGGGGCUGAGCACCAUCGACAGAGUCUGCGGCUCGGUCCGGUGCGUUGUCGUGCUCAUCUCCGGGAGGCCAGUAGUGAUCGAGCCACACCUCGACAAGAUCGACGCCCUCGUCGCGGCGUGGCUUCCGGGCACCGAGGGCCGAGGAGUAACCGACGUACUGUUCGGCGACUACGGGUUCACUGGAACGCUCCCCAGGACGUGGUUCCGGUCCGUUGACCAGCUGCCGAUGAACGUCGGCGAUGCGCAGUACGACCCGCUGUUUCCCUUCGGCUUCGGCCUGACCACUGACCCAAUCGAGGGCUAGGCUAGAGACAGAUUAUUAUCCAGUCCAGCUUUUUUUCUUCUUACUUGCGCUAGCUGCGCCUAGCUAGUAGUUAAUUAAAACAAUGUCGUCUGAUUGUGGGAAGUCACAUCACUGUGAACUGUUGUUGGGUCAAAUUAAAGGGGUUGAUGGAUAACUAAUUAAUAUAUGUGUAAGGGUUAUUAUUAAGCGGUGAGUUUGGACAUGUGACAUCAUGCUAACUAACUAGAAAUGAUUAAUCCAGAGAUUAUCCUUGGCUUAUUUGCUUCUACUGCUAGCAGUUUACCUUUCUUUCAUGAAUUACAAAUAUCACAGGAAACGAUCUGAUCUAAUGCAUGCAUUAAGAGCGAUCGAUGACACUUGAUAUUAUUAGAAUAUAUAAAGCGCCUAUUUUGCUUAAGGGGUCCAGUUGGGAGUGGGCAUGUCCACGGUAAGCCCCUGUACACCCUCUUUUUCCAACGCAAGAUCCCCUACUUUCUCACCAAUUACCAUCUGUAAUUUCCCCUGUUCCGUUCUGUGUUUCCCCCUUUUUCCCCGCGUUGGGUUGUUUUCUUUCCUUCUCCUGUGUCUUCCCUACGUCGUAUGAGUGGCGAUUACCCAAGUAGUUUUUACUCUUUCAAUCCAGCUAGCUAGCGUGAGGCGACUACUCACAGAUCCAUUGGCAGUUGUCCGAGUUGGAGAAUGAAUUCGAUUUCGCUCUAGCCUCUUUCACCUACUUCCCAUGUAUGUGCACGAUUCAGAUGAAGAUCACCCACUCCCAAGAUCGAUCUGGAGAGAACCACUAUAUGAGGAUGGGCGACAGCGGCAACGGAGCGUUUCCGAGAUCAAUAGAGGAGAGAUAGCUGAUUCUGCCAUCCAAGGCAAAAGCUUCCUUCCUAUAAGAGAAGAGGGUGCAUUGGGUUCGCAUCCCCAUCUCUGGUACGCCUACCACAAUUCCCAAUUGCCAUUCUCAAGACUUCCUACUGUCUAAUUGUAUUUCUGCCGUUGUUGAAUUCCUACGACUAACAACCCAGCUCUAUGGAUUUAAGAUAAAAUCAGUCCAAAGCAACCCAAUUGUUAUUGGUAUGCUCCAGCAAUCAGAUGUUAAUUAGUAGAGACACGUACUUGCGUAGAGCAGAACCUCCCUUGCCUUAAGAAUCAAUGAGGUACAGGGUCUCCUGCACCAGGGGAUACUCAGGUUACUACUCGAAAUGUUUACUCUGAUUCAGAAAGCGAAUUCGUAGUUAUACUAUACUGUUGAUUGGAACGAGCAGAGAGAUGGAAAUAUAUUAGCCUUCUUUCUAAACCAUCUCUUUAUUGUUCUUAUAUAUAUAUCUUCUGAGAAUGACAACACAUUUUGAUUCCUUCGUUCUGUUAGCAACAGAUUAUAGAGCUUCAUGGAGAAAAGGGAGUGAACAUUAUGGGAAGAAUCCAUCAGUAAAGGCAGGGUAUCCAACGAGAGCAGUUGAGGAAGUGAAUGCGCUCAGUGGAGCAGUUUAGAGUUCUUGACAUGACCACUCUAAGUAAUUUCAGAACUAAACUCUUUAAGCUUAGACUGCUGUUAAAUAGUAUGAUUUCAUAUUUUAGUUAGCUUAGAUUCAUGUAUUAGUGCCUUCCUUUUCUUUUUAUGUUUAGAGAUCCCUCAUUCAACCAUCAGCAUGAGCUUGAUAUAUCAUAUUAUUUAAAUUUGUUUAUUUAUAUGAAUACUUUUCCUAUACCUUCUUUGAGAUGUGUUCUAUAUUCUAUCACAGGCUCCCAACCUUAAUACAGAUUUAGGUUCUGG